AUGACGGAUAUCAGACGGAAACGGAGAAUUGCUCCAUCGCCAAGACUGGGGCGUUUUCGUUGGAAAUGGGCAACAGUGCCGCUCUUGCUCGCUCUGUACUGCGCCUCAGAAAGCCCAUUGACAAUAAACUGCUACGGUGGUUACUCGUUCACGCAACAGGGUAGCAGGAGUUUUGCGGACGCACGAAAAGUUGAAGACGACGAAAAGUCCAAACAAAGAUCUCUUCGGAUCAACAGCAGCAACAGAGCGCAGAAUCCGACAGCUAACCAAAAGACCAUGACUCUGAAUCAAAUUUUGAUCAAGGCCGGUAGAAAAGGACUCGGUGGGGGUAUUCCUGGUGCACUUGCCGGCAUCGUUCAAGUUGUCACACUCAUGUGGCUGCGUACGAUUAUCAAUUACCAGUGCCGAUACGGAACCACCUUCCGACAAGCCCUCGUCACGCUCUUGCGUGAAGGUGGAGUCGGGCGCCUCUACCGCGGGGUGGCAUUUGCUCUAAUUCAGGCGCCUCUGGCGCGUUUCGGAAGUACUGCAGCCAACGAUGGCGUCGAAGCCUUCGUUUCGAACUUUGAACCAACCCGAAAUUGGGGUCCCGGAAGGACUACUAUUGUAGCCAGUAUCGUAGUUGGAGGCUGGCGAAUGCUAAUUAUGCCUAUUGAUACUAUGAAAACUGUUCUGCAGGUUGAUUCAGCUGAAGGUUUUCGAAACCUGAUGAGGAGACUAAAGAGCGGCAAGCUCAACGUGCUAUAUCAAGGAGCGUUUGCUAAUGCGAUAGCUGCUAUUGUGGGGCACUAUCCAUGGCGAGCAGGGAUAGGCCUUGUCGCUAGCGUCGUCAGUGAUACCGUCGUGAACUGUAUACGGGUCAUUAAAACAAACAAACAAUCGCUAGGCUCAAAACAUUCAAUCAGUUACUCGGAAACAAUACGCAUGGUACUAGCCGCGGACGGCUGGAAGGGUCUUUUUGGCCGUGGGUUGCGAACACGAAUUUUUGCGAAUGCAUUGCAAUCCGUAGUUUUUACAGUCUUGUGGAGAGCUCUAACCGAGCGGUUUCGCAGGACGCCUGUGGAUGCGGAAGAAUAG